AUGAUUUUCAUGAUCGUCAACGCGGUGCUCUCCGCGAUCCUUUUUAUGAUAGUAGUGGGGCCGCCGCUGUUCAUCUACAAUCCUGACUAUCACGGCGGAGAGCCGAAUUGGCCGCCGAGUGCUGGCGAGGUCAUUCCUGAUGAGAGCGUGAGUCAAGACGUGAAGCAGAAGUUGUAUCUGCUGCUCACCAUCCCAGCAUGCGCCACGAUUAACGCCCUCUUCCUGUACUUUUCCUACUACCGCCCAAUACGCUUUAUCCACUACCGAGUCGAACUGAACUUGCUGACGCUACGCUUGACCUUAGAGGCGAGGCGGCAGCAGCUGCAGAAGAGCGGUGUGCUUGUCGUGAGCAGACGCAGUACCGGUGGCGGCACCGGUGUGCCUUCCUCGAGCUGUGUCAUGAAGAGUGGCAGUGUCGUCGCCUCGCACCGAUCAAGAAGGUCGGAGCGCAGCGUUCACUUCGAUCAAGACAGCAGCUCAGCCCAGAGACUCGAGAGCACUGUGAACUGGGUGUGGCGUCGGCACGCGCGACCCAAGAGCGUGCGCAAGGAUGUCUGGGUGAACUCGGCGGUCUUUGCGGAGAUCGGAGACCUGCGCGACGAGGUUGAGCAACACUUUCUAACAGAGGGUAGCGUGGCAGAGGCCAACUUUACGAAGGCGGUUGGAGUGCUUGUGUCAUCAACCUCCGCAGUGCGGCUGAGGCAGGUAGACAGAGCCGCCGCGGAGGAAAAGCCACAGAAGGGCUUUUACCUCUCCAGCCGCUCACCACUUUCUGCGCUCGGUUCUAUCCACUCGGGUCUUGGGGACACGGCACGACACGGCAGACUAAGGAAUAACAAGGCUGCGCUGCUGCACCGCAGCACCUCUGUACUACGCGUGCCAAUGGAAAACCUCGACCGCGACCACCGGCGGGGGUUGAGCGUGCCGGCGAGCUGCAGCGGUGGUGGUUCGGCGAACCGCCUGGGUUCAAAUUUUCACUUUUCGCGAAGAGGCGAGAACACCGCCCUGGGCCGUGGUAACGCAGACGCAGGCUUGUGGCAAAGCACACGAGGCACCAUUCUAGAGCAGACGCACGAGCCAGUCGGCAGGAACAUGUCUCCCUGCCUAUCCGACGAACUUCGAGAAGUUGAUGCGCAGUGGUAG